AAUACUAUAAAUAUGUAGCUCAUGUAAACAACCUUUUUUAUUUGCCUUCGAUUUUUGGUUUGAAUUCUUUCUCAUUUAGUACUUUAGCGUAAUUUGUCUAAGCUGUAGGUUGCUCCCAACCAAACUUCGUUUUUGUUUUUCCCACGAGAUAGAAGUGUUAUACUCGGCCUUUACGACUUAAGGCAGUUAAAUCAAUUUCGACAAAUUAAUCAUGGCUAAAUCAAAUAGACCUCGUGUCUGUAUUAUUGGUGCUGGGAUUGCUGGUCUUACUUCUGCAAAAUAUUUAAAAGAUGAAGGAAUAGACUUUACGGUACUAGAAUGUUCAUGCUACGUAGGUGGUAUGUGGAGAUAUGAAUCAUGGGGACCUUAUGACGAAUUUGACUCAAUAUUGCACACGGCUAUGAUUUUUGAUUUAAGAUUAAAUAUACCACAUCCUGCAAUGGAACUCCCUGGAUACCCUAUGCCAAAACAUUUGCAUUUUUUUCCCUAUGCGCAAACGUAUUACUACUAUAUCAAGUCUUAUGCAGAACAUUUUAACUUAAUGGAGCAUAUACAGUUGCUUCAUAAUGUUACAUCAGUGAGGCGGGAAGGAAACGUAUGGAAAGUGAUAUACAACAAAGUACUAAAUAAAACAGACCACGAAGAAGAAUACGAUUUUAUUAUUGUAGGAACUGGUCACUUCAGUAAUGCUAAUGUACCUAAAUUUCCAAAUGAAGAACUUUUUAAAGGAGUUAUAUUGCAUAGCAAAAACUACAGAGUACCCAGUGUAUACGAAAAUCAUCGUGUUUUAAUUGUCGGAGCGGGAACUUCAGCAUGGGAUAUUAUCAUAGAUAUGCUUAAGUACGCUAAGACAGUGGUGCACAGCCACCAUUCUAAACAAAACAUUAAAACGAAGUUCCCAGACCUAUACAUAAGAAAACCAGAUAUCAAAGAAUUUAAAGAAAAUGGAGUCGUUUUUGUUGACGGUUCUUAUGAAGAGAUUGACAAAGUUAUUUAUUGCACUGGAUUUAGCUAUACAUAUCCUUACUUGGACCCAUCAUGUGGGUUAACAGUCAACAAAGACCAUGUGCUCCCCUUGUACAAACGCCUUGUGAAUAUAAAUGAACCAAGUAUGGUGGUACUGGGGCUGGUGAGGCGCGCCUGCUACGUCGUAGCUUUAGACGCUCAGGUUCGUUACACCACAGCACUUUUAAAGGGUGAUUUUAAACUGCCCUCCAAGGAGGAAAUGACGAAUGUUUGGCAAAAGGAAGUUGAUAAUAUUAACUGUAAUGGACGACCCAUGUCUGAUUUACAUUUGUUAGGAGAUAAAGAGGAUCAGUAUUACAGGGAACUGAGUGAUGAAUCUGGUAUAGAACGAGUGCCCCCUGUCAUGUCUAAACUACGAAAUGUCAGCAAUGAAACGAAACUGGAAAACUUAUUCACUUACAGAGACUAUAUU